CUGUCUUAUCAGGAGAACACCCAGAUACCGCCAGUUUUGUGUGUUUAGUGACUGUCAGGAAGACAUGGCAACCCUGGUGCUGGGCCUACUGUUCGCCUGCCUCAGUCUACAGCUGUCAGAAGGGCUGCACAAACGUUCCUCCGUUUGCUACGACCAUCUGGGAUGUUUCGCCACAGACCCGCCGUUUUUAGUCUCCAUCGUCCAUUGAACUUCCUUCCUGAGUCACCCGACCAUAUCAAGGUCACGUUCAUGCUGUACACCAAACGCAAUCCUCAGAAAGAACAGAUUCUAUCAAGUAACAGCUCUGCCUCCGUGACCUCUUCGAACUUUGACCCAACAAAGCCCACCAAGAUGGCAAUACAUGGCUACUAUGACAAUGGCCAAAAAGCAUGGCUUCAUGAGCUCAAGGACGAGUAUCUCAAGACUCACGACGUCAAUGUCUUCAUUGUGGACUGGGGCGGUGGUUCCAAGACGUUGUACACCCAGGCCACAGCGAACACCAGAUUGGUCGGGGCAAUCGUGGCUCAGUUCAUCACACACCUCAAAACUGUGGGUCAUGCCAAGCCUGAAGACUUUCAUCUGAUUGGACAUAGUUUGGGCGCCCAUACAGCUGGUUAUGCAGGGGAAAGAAUUCAGUACAUUGGAAGAAUCACGGGCCUCGACCCAGCAGAACCCUACUUCCAGGACACUGAUGUUACAGUGAGGCUCGACCCGACCGACGCCCUGUUUGUGGACAUCAUACACACCAAUGGAGAAUCAAUUCUUAAACUGGGUCUCGGGAUGAAACAACCGUGCGGUCACGUGGACUAUUACCCUAAUGGCGGACUAACACAGCCCGGAUGUGACACGAAGAACGCAGUGGCAGAUGUAAAGAUCGAGGGACUUCCAGGCGGCGUCCACCAGUUCUUUGCUUGCAGCCACAUACGCUCACAUGCGCUCUUCAUAGAAUCCAUCAAUAGCAAAUGUCCUUUCGAAGCUUACAAGUGUAACAGUUACGACGAUUUCAGUGCUGGCAAAUGUAUUCCAUGCAGCGGCGGCGGAUGUGGCUACAUGGGUUACCAUGGUGACCGUGUCAAACCAAACAACGGGCAAACGUUAGUGAAGUAUUUCUUGAAGACUGGUCUGCACGCGCCCUAUUGUCGGUUCCACUACCAGAUACAGAUUACAUUUGGUGCGCCACAGGGGUCCCGUGAAGAGAGGGGCGAUUUAUACGCAACACUUACCGGCAGCACUUACCGGAAAUUCAGCACAGACGGCCAUAUCGAUUUGACACCCGGCAAAUCCUACACUUUUGUUGUGACAACUCCACAAGAGAUCGGCCAGAUGACCAAAUUUAACUUCCGGUGGGAGGAGAAUGCGCACUGGUACAAACCUGUAGACUGGAACCCGCUUAAUUUCCGCCACCCUACUCUCUUUAUAUCGAAGGUGAAGGUCGUAGAAGGGGAGAACACACAACAAUUCCAGUUUUGUGGGUCUAACGUUGCAGUGGAGAACAAGAGUUCCAAACAGCUGUCAGCUUCAAGCACCUGCUGAUGAGUUAGUGACCAGGGGCUGCAUGAUAGAUUACCAAUUACCUAAAUAUAAUUAGUUAUUUAAUAUGUACAUGAUAUGAUUUGUUUGAUGGCCGAUGUUUCUAUCCAAUAAAGACACUUUCAGUUCGUAUACUUCAA